GCUCGGGGGUGUACCCGGCGGCAGGCGGCUGGACCGGGACGGCUCUAAAUUGGCUGAAGGGCCCGUCGACGGCGAAGUUGCUAGCUGGGGGCAGAGACGGCCACGCGGUUGCAGGAAUUGGCCAACGGCUCGUUUCCACCCUUCCUCGUUGGUGGCCACUGGAGAAGCGCGGGGGGCUCCCCAGACAGCCGAGGGGACAAGUUAGAGCCAGCACUUUGCCCCGGGCCUCGCGUGUAGCUUCCCCUCGGCUGGGUGUCCGGAGGGGGGUGCGGGUGCGGGGGUGUGCCCUCUUUACAUGUCCCAUCACCCGGGCCACCCUCUGGGCCCGUCUUCCAGCUCAUUCUUGUGUACUGCACGGCGGUGGUCGGGGAGCCAAUUGGCGGCAUGUCCCGGUAUAGCUACCAAAGUCUCCUGGACUGGCUGUAUGGGGGCGUGGACCCCAGUUUUGCAGGCAAUGGGGGCCCCGACUGUGCUGCCUUCCUGUCUUGGCAGCAGCGGCUGCUGGAAAGUGUGGUGGUCCUGACCCUGGCCCUGUUGGAGAUCCUGGUGGCCCUGCGGCACAUCCUGAGGCAGACGAAGGAGGACGGUAGGGAUAGCCGAGGCUGCCAGCCAGAGCAGGUGACCCAGCGGCCAGAGGAAGGCAAGGAGAGCCUGAGCAAGAAUCUGCUCUUAGUAGCCCUGUGCCUGACCUUCGGGGUAGAGGUGGGCUUUAAGUUCGCCACCAAGACCGUCAUCUACCUGCUCAACCCCUGUCACCUGGUCACCAUGAUGCAUAUCUUUCUCCUGGCCUGCCCACCAUGUCGCAGUGCUAUCGUCAUCUUCAAGCUACAGAUGCACAUGUUGAAUGGAGCGCUUCUGGCCCUGCUGUUUCCUGUGGUAAAUACCCGGCUGCUCCCUUUUGAAUUGGAGGUCUACUAUAUCCAGCAUGUUAUGUUGUAUGUGGUUCCAAUCUAUCUGCUGUGGAAAGGAGGUGCUUACACCCCAGAGCCCCUCCGCAGUUUCCAGUGGGCCCUUCUCUCCACUGGCCUCAUGUUCUUUUAUCACUUCACCGUCUUGCAGAUCUUGGGCCUGGUCACCGAAGUGAAUUUGAACAACAUGCUGUGUCCGGCCAUCUCAGACCCAUUCUACGGCCCCUGGUAUCGCAUCUGGGCCUCGGGACACCAGACUCUCAUGACCAUGACCCACGGGAAGCUGGUCAUCCUGUUCUCAUACAUGGCUGGGCCCUUGUGUAAAUAUCUGCUAGAUUUGCUUCGGCUUCCAGCCAAGAAAAUAGACUGAAGGUGCUUGUGUUGUUUUUUUUUUCUCUCCCCGAGGAAACAAGUCCUGACUUGACUUGGAGAACACCCAGUUCUUGAUGAAAUCAUGGGAGAGGGCAGUAGGGUGUUUGGUGUAUUUCUUCUUUCUUCUUCUCCAUCCAUUUCUCCCACCACUCUUCCCCACUUUUGCCCCCAGGACUUCUCCUGGAGCCUGGGGUGUAGUGCUGAGGGCUGGCUUUUUCCUCCUUCCUUUGGUCUCUUUCUCUUGGUUCUCUGUGGCCUUAUUGGGAGUCAGUGUUUCUUUCUGCUGGUUGGUUCUUCCUGCUGGUUGGUGCUUUAACAGUUGCUGGUUGAAGAGAAAGGGUACAACAGGCAGUCAUUCUUUUGGCAUUGAAGUGGUGAGAUUGGGCUAUCUUUUAUUCUGCCACUGCCAGGGACCUUCAGGCUCAUACUGGGGUCCCCUUUUGCAUCCAGAGUAUCUCCCACCAUCAUGAGGACUGAGGCCUUGUUUCUAUACCAGCGGUAAGCUGAGAGCCAAGGGAUUUCCCGGCUCAUGGACGAAAUAGAACUGGCCAGCUUCUUCACACUGGUGUCCCAUGUCUUGAAGCAAGUAGCCAACCAACCACUCCCUCCAGGAUGCUGCCUGGGGUGAGAGGUGGGAGCACUGCCCAACCCCAGGACUCCAUUUCAUACAAGACAUUGGCGAGCUGUAGUAAUUGCAGAUCCAAAUUGAACAAGGUUCCAGUGGCUGCAAGUGGUAAUCAUAAGCAGGACCCCAGUAAAUCAGCAUGUGAGAACAGAGGAUGGACAACUGACGCCAAUCUCAAUCAGAAGUGAGCAGAGAUUAAUCAACACAAGGGUUAGCUUCAGCAAAUGGUGAUUUAAAUCACAAGCUCCAAUUUAGUUGAAUGUUAAUAAUAGAUGCCGUUUUCAUCCAGAGUGCCCUUUGAACAUUGGUUCUCUGCCUGCCAGCCCCUGUCUUAAAAGGCCACUUUAGGGCAGAAUGAGCUACACUUGGAUAUUUUUUGCUUUUUUAAAAAUCUGUUUCAGUUUUUCUAUUUUGGCUAAUUGGUUUUUUGCAUGUUGAUGUUUGGAGAAUAUCUUGUUUCUGGGCCUGAUUCUGGACUCUUGUAGAUCAAUUUCAGUAGUGGUUGUCAUGUCAACAUCGUGGGUUUGACCUGAUGUGGCCACUGGCAGCAUAGUCUGAAGUGAGAUGUCCCUGGGGUCAGACUUAGUGCUGACUAGGUGAGGAGAGGGGCCAGGGCACACACUCUCUCAUGCCCACCCCAAACUCAUGUCUAGGUGAAUGGCAGAGUACA